AACCAUUUAUUUUUCUUUAAUUUUGAUAGUAGGAAAUUUAAAAAAACUGAUCUCAAAAUAUUUAGUUAUUUGAGAUAAUUAUUAAGCAUCUAAAGUUUAACAAUACUAACUGGGGUGCUUGAGUGUACUAAUGUGAUAUGCUGGCAUAUCAUAUGUUUACUACCUGCUUUUUUUAAUAUAAAAAGUUUUAAAAAUCUUUAUUUGGUUAAUUUCUGUGUAGUUUUGGCAUAAACAUGUGAUCCACAAAACUACUGAAGUUGUCUUGUUCCAGUUGCCUUCUUGUCUUUGUUCUCUAUUGCAGAUAAUAUCUACUCUGCCUGAGGGGAUGUUGUGGUACAUCUACAUUAAAAGGGUCAACUACAACGUCCUUUGCUGGCUGAGUGGAUGGUGUUUGUAUGUCACAGCAAACUUAUGCUGUGGUAGAAUGACAAGUCAUGUGACGAUGCCCUUGCAAGAGAAAGGAUACAAGCUUUCUUGCAUGAACAAAGCAUCUAUUCUUUCUCAGUCCUACUUGGUUUUCAUCGUGACUAGUUCGGCAGAGAUUCAUCUUGAGGGACGUAAAGCUGACGAUCUAUUCACUGAUCCAGUAGGGGCAGUCAUCCACUUGUCUAAGCAGUAUACACCUACACCAAGAAAUAGAAAACUUAAAAUGCCAGUUGGUUGAGAGGGAGAACCACAUUGUUCAAAUGGACACCAACGUUAUCCACCAUGCCCAGAGGUUUCCCAAAGGAGAGAAUGCAGCCCUUCGCCAGGAACUUCUUUUAUGGCAAGAAAAAUACCAAAGGCUGCAUGAGAGUCACAAGAAGCUUCAGAAAGUAAACCAAGGACUUGAAGACAAACUUUUAAAAAUUGUGGAUAAAUAUGAAACUGAAAAAGCUGUAUUAACAAGAGAUCUUUCUGACAUCACAACAAAAUUAGUUGAAGCUAGAUUCAGUAUCACUGAAUUAGAAGAAGAAAGUGAGCACUAUAGGAAUGACUGUAACAUUGCUAUUCAACUCCUCCAGUGUAAACCUUCACACUUUGUUUCUCAUAAAUAUAGCUCGAUUCCUUUAGAUUUACAAGAACGAGUCAAAUCUCAUCUAAAUAACAGGACUAAAAAAGAAACACAGAAUAAUAAUCCAGAAGUGGGUACUAUUCGUAUUCCCAUUCCAACAUUUCCACCAACUGCCAUGGUGUAUUCAGUUAGCAAAAUCUCUAAUGUUGGAUCUGUGAAACAGAAUGGCAGCUCACAAGCUUCACAGAGGAUGUCAAAGAGUCCUCCAGACUGUGUAUCAGCAGCCAUAAUAGCUAAAGUUCUAGCAGAGCGUACGAAAGAAAGGAAUGCCAAGAAACAAGUCAUUUGUAUGGCUUGUAAAUGUGAAAAACAAAAUGUGUAUUACCACAAUAAAGAAACCCAAACUAAGUGGUCAUCCAAAAUUGUUUCCUGCUUGUCUUGUGGGAAUCAACCCAUUUGUGUCCACUCUUGUGCAAGGAAAGAGUCUUCCUCGAGUACAGACUCCCAUUGGUGUGAGCUGCAUGCUGACCCUAUAGGUGAUACCAAAACUAACAAAUAAAUAUCCUAAUAACUUAUAAUGUAGGUGCUGACCAUAAAUUACAGUAUUGAUAUAGUCUCAGAUGUUCCAAGAUGUGCCUGAAAUAUAUUAGGUGUGUGUGUGUCAGUAGGGAAAAAAACAAAGUUUAAUUUUAGCAAUUUUGUGUGUAGUGUGUGUACUAUAUUGAAAACUUAUUAUUUUACUUCUUGAAAUACCCUGUAAGAUUCCUUCACAUUUAUGUAAGAGUUUGGGUUUUUUUCCUAUAAAAUUAUAAUUAAAAUAAAAGAAACAUAUAUUUUUUUAGCAAAUCUGACAUUUUUCACAUAUUUAGUAAAGCAGUUCACUGAGUGUUGUAAACAACUGGUUUUAUCCUGUAAUACUCUGAUAAUUGACAAAGAAAUUUUACUAUUGUGUAAAAAUUAGUGGGAAAGAGGAGUAUGAACUUUUUUUUUUGAUGAAUUUACAUACAUUUCCCUAUCUCUCAUGAAGCUUUGUAUGUCUAGCUGCAGUGGUUAAAAAUACUAACAUUACCUAUUUUUUUCAAAAAAAGAAAACUUAGUCAAUAUUAAAAACAUAGUAAUACCAAAAAACAUCUUUAAUAUGGACGUUUUGGAAUUUCAUUAAAUUCCAUCGUCAGUGUUAAUAAAUAUAAACACUGUAUCUUUAAAAUAAUAAUAAAUAUUAAAUAGAAUCCAGAAUUGAUUACAU